AUGUAUGCGAAGAAUACAGUCGCCGCGCAAGAGGGUUCAGGCAAUAACCUACUGGCUCCAUCUAACAGCACUCAGGCCAACUCGAUCGGUGGAACGGGCCCGCAUAAGCAAAUUAUCAUACGACCACUCUAUCCGGGGCUCGUGAAGCGCCUUGCUUAUGACCUUGAGAUUAAGUCAUUACGAGAUAAAGAAAGUCAAGAGGCCAGAGCGAAGAAGAUUUGCGUGCAGUUGGCCAAGGAAGAGGGUCUUGAAAUAGAAAUUCUCGACGCUGAGCUACAGAGUGACUGGAGUAGAAUAACAUUUUACUAUCUUGACGAUAGAGAUACUAAUGUUAGCUCGUUGAUUACGGAGCUCUAUAAGGUCUAUAAGACACAUAUAGCGAUGUCUGCAAUCAAGCCAUUAUCGCUCCCUGGUCCA